CAGCUCAUUUUCUGGGGUCUCUUUUGUUUUCUGGGACCUGACAUUUUCCUGGGACCCGAUCUUGGCACGCUCUGUCGUACCUGUGAAAACCUUCGCCUGAUCGAGCAUUAUAUAGACAGCAUGAGACGAGCGUCCUUCUUGGUCGCUCGUCGAGUCCGUCCAGAAACACCCUUUGAGGAUCCCUGGAGAUGACAUACACAGUCCGGUCGCCAGUCCCUCAUGGUCAGGACAAGCCAUCUGAUCUUGGAACCGCGGUCCUGGUGACCAUCUGGACGUAUCUCAGUGUGACGACCGUUGUCUUAAUGCUGCGUUUCUAUGCCCAGAUCAGAAUCCAACGUAAGACUGCGACGGAUGACUAUUUCAUGAUCCUAGCCUGGAUCUCUCAAGUAAUAGGCAAUGGACUACUCACAUAUUCUGUCCACAGGGGUCUGGGGCAGCAUUCCAAUUAUCUGAGUUUUCAGGAUAGAGUUCAGGUGGUCAGAUAUGAGUACAUUGGUGCUGCAUGGGGAAUCAUCUCGCCCACAUUGGGCCGCAUCUCAUAUGCGCUGUUCCUGCUGUCAGUGCUGUGGCUGUUGACGACUGUUCGCCGCAUCAUGCUCUGGAUCCUCAUUUCACUGCAGGUCGUUCUGAACUUCCUGGCUUUCAUCAUCCUUUUUGCCCAGUGCCAUCCCACUUCAAGGGUGUGGGACCCAUCUGUGCCCGGCUAUUGCGUCUCAGUAAAUGUGCAACCAGACAUCGGGUUCGCUCAAGGGGCGAUAAACACAUUGUCAGAUUUGGUCCUCACAGUGAUCGGCAUGACUGUCGUGCUGCAUCUCAACGUUCGCAAGUGGACCAAGGUUGUCCUGGCUGUGCUAAUGGGAUUAAGUUUGAUUGCAAUGGUUGCCUCGAUUGUCAAGACCGUCGAGCUUAAAAGAUUAGAAAGCACCGUGGAUUUCACAUAUGAUACUGUUCCUUUCGUAAUAUGGUACACGCUAGAGAACAAUGUGGUCAUGAUCGCGGCGUCUAUUCCUAAAGUCCGGCCUCUAGUCAUCUUACUACAGCGGAAGUAUUCCAGCAGUAGAGGUACAUCCGAGAGAGGUUCUGAUUUUGCGAGUUACUAUGAUGAAGAGAGCGCUCGAGCAAGAUUUGAAGCUCCCGAGAGGAGACGCAGACGCUCAACUCUUGCUAGAUUCAAGUUUGCCUGGGAUCCGCAUGCGACCCAUCUAUCGGGAACUUACUCCAGCAUCCAUCUGGGCAGCCGUACCUCACGCAAUAACGAGUCUGCGUUGACCUCUCCCUCGUCGGUGGGUAGCAACCAGGAACACUCAGCGAGACCUUUCACGGGUUGGUUACGCAGCCCAACCAGACGGAAUACACAAAACCGCGGCAGAAGCAAUAGCAUUAGCCUUGCACAACUAUCAAGGCGGUCGCCGCUGAAGAAAAGGAAACACUGGAAGAGCCACAGCAUGUCCUCACAUGGACCCCGUACGAGUCCCCGCAGUUUUCGAUUUGGUUCUGCUCUAUCCCACUCCCGCACUCGCUCCUCUAACAGAAGCGUUUUUGAUCGGAACUCUGUUAUACCGACCCUUCAGAACCAGAAUACAGGCAAAACCACGAUCUCUGCCGGUGGCCCUCUUCCACCGUCUGUCCCUGCCUCGAUGGUUUGCACCCCACGUCCCGAAAGUGGUGGUAUAUCGGAAAGGGCCAGUAUCAAUAACGAUUACCACGAGAACGAGUAUACAGGACCGCCUCUCACACAUAUCCCGUCCGUUGGGCCUGUUUGCAUCUGGCGCACAAGGGAGUAUACCAUUCAGUAUGAGGACAGCGAUAAAGAUCCAGAUAGCGCCCACGUUGACGGAGAGCCCGGCCCUACCUUUGAAGAAGAUGAGGUUGCUGGGCUCGAAUUGAACGAUGUUGGAGGCAUUUUAGGUGGCAGUAGUUACCAGAAAAAUGGAGAAUCAGGCGAGACAGAGUCCUCUCAUGACAGUGACCUACGUUCACCUCUCUCAACAGUCGACGAGAUACCGGCAGAAGGCUCAGAACUACGUGACCUCAAAGAUAUCCUCAGGGAGGGCAAUGGCAGUAACUACGAUGCAGCCAAUUCGAAUCAGUCAACAUAUGAUGUAGCCACAGCGGACCAAUUACAACUGUCUGACGUUGGCGGGAUUUUGAAUGGCAGCAGCGAGAAUACCGGCACGAUCACGGGCUCCAAUUCCACCGGAAGAACCAGCCCUCGUCCUAAGGUCAAGGAUACAUUGGAACAAGAAACAUAUGAUCCCGCAGUUGCUGACCGGUUGGAGCUGUCCGAUGUUGGUGGGACCCUGGACAGACUCAACGACAAUAACAUAGCAGAUGCGAACAAUGAAAACAGUCCCCAUUUCAGUGCUACUGCUCCGUCUACGACGCAACAGGCGACACACGAUCCGGACGUUGUCGACCCCCUCGAGCUCUCAGACAAUGGCGGGAUCCAAAACAACCCGCAAUGAUGACACGACUUGACAAUCUUCCUCUUCUCCACUCAACCUAAAGGGACAUUGCUAAAUACCAUGUCUCUCGAAAUCCUCAAUCCACCCUCCUCCUACCCCC